ACAAACCCAUGUAGUAUGUUAGAGCAAUUAGAAGUUCAAAUAGAGAAUUAGGAGAUGGUGGAGAAAUGGAAAAGAGGGUUGAUUUUGAUAGUUGUUUGUGUGAUUUUGCAGAAGGGAGAUGGACAAUUAGCAGAAAAUUUCUAUGGUGUCACUUGUUCAAACGUGGAAUCCAUUGUUAAGCAAGCUGUGCUUAACAAGUUUAGUCAGACUUUCACCACUGUCCCAGCUACUCUGCGCCUGUUUUUCCAUGACUGCUUCAUUGAGGGAUGUGAUGCGUCAAUUUUGAUUUCAUCGCGAAACGGGGAUGCAGAGAAGGAUGCUCCGGACAAUCUUUCACUUGCUGGAGAUGGAUUUGAUACGAUAAUAAAGGCGAAGCAAGCAGUCGAAGCACAAUGUCCUGGUGUUGUCUCAUGUGCUGAUAUCUUAGCACUUGCUGCUAGAGAAGUUGUUGGCCUAGCAGGAGGUCCUUCAUAUAGCGUAGAGCUAGGACGUCGUGAUGGUUUAAUAUCUCAAGCGUCAAGGGUACGAGGAGCUUUGCCAGAGCCUGACUUCAAUCUUAUACAGCUUACUGAAAUUUUUGCAAGGAAUAACCUGAGCCAGCUUGACAUGAUUGCGUUAUCAGGAGCUCAUACUGUUGGAUUCUCUCAUUGUAGUCGCUUUGCAAAUCGACUCUACUCUUUCUCUGCAUCAAAUCCUGUUGAUCCUUCUCUGAAUCCGGACUAUAUGAAGCAACUGAUGGCUGCCUGCCCUCGGAAUGUAGACCCAAAUAUAGCCAUUGACAUGGACCCUGAAACUCCAAGAACUUUUGACAAUGUAUAUUACAAGAAUCUGGUUGCAGGGAAGGGCAUGUUUACUUCUGAUCAGGUGCUGUUCACUGAUUCGUCAACACAGCCAAUUGUCAAGGAUUUCGCCAACGGUGAUUUUAGCGGAGCUUUUGUCACUGCAAUGACAAAGCUGGGCAGGAUUGGAGUGAAGACUGGUACUGAAGGGGAAAUAAGAAAAGACUGCACUGCUUUUAACUCAUGAAGAAGAAA